AAAAGCCAGAAAAUGCGCCAUGGCGGAGUUGGGACUCGAUUCCCCUCCCACCGUGAUCACCACCAGUCAGCAAUGCGAGCAGCUUCUGAGGGAGCUGCUCUCGGAAUUCGGCAUCUUAGAAAUGUGCGAAGGCGGCGAAGAGAUGGCGUUGGAGAAUCGGCAGCAUCGGGACAUGUACCUCGUGAAGAAAAUUGCACCGAAGAUGAUGGCAGAACAGAACGCCUUGAAGCCAUCGGGAUCCGUUGGUAGACUGGAGCGCCAGGCCAUGUCCCACUUAGAGAAGUACGCAAGCUCGCUGGUGGGCAUCGGGGAAGACCCGGAAGAGGCAGGCGCGCCGCCGGACGCAGAGGAAACCACGUCUUUGCAGCGCGACGCCUUCGACGGUCCCUUGCAUUACGUCAACUGGCGGCGUCAGCAGCUGGAAGCCCUGGUGCCCAGCUGCGCUGGAGACGUGUCGGCAGGACACGUUGCCCUGGUCCGGGAUGCAAUGCCCCACGUGGACGAGGUCCUGAAAGCCGAGAACCAAUACCUGGAUUGCCAGGUGAGGCCAGCUGCUGUGCUGUGCGGCUCCAACGCACGCCGGUUGGGGGCGCUUUCAACAGACCAUGUGCGCCGGUGGUCGGCACACGACGACGCAGAGGAAGCAGAAGCGGCGCUGUCAGUCGCGGUGAGCGUGGCGCGUGAAUCCAAAGCGCUGAACGACAAGAGGGUGGAAUGUGUGUACGUGCUCCGGUACCUAAGGACAAGAAGGCACAGGCUGCAGGUUCUCCAUUAUUUGAACGCCAUGACGUCAGUUUUUUGCACACUCCUGGGCGACGAAGAGGACGAAGCACGGCAUGUUGAAUCCGUUCUCCCCAAAUCGAAUCGAUUCACAUCGAUGAGGAAGAGCUUUGCGAAAGCUGAGACAACUCACAGCUUCGACGGCGGCGAAUUUGUGGAGCAGGAGAACCCGGAGGGUUCGGACCGUUCGGUCAG